CCCCGAGCUCCACCUCUACCAUUAUAGUCACUUGUCCCCGGAGCUCACCUCACCCACCCACCUAUUCUCCCCACGCCACUCCAACACCACCAACCAUCCAUGGCUCUCGUCCGCCAGCGCCGCCAGCUACCGCACCUCACCCUCCCGCUCGACCACUUCGCGCUGCGCCCGCCACCCGCCCCGCCCGCCGCCGCCCCACCGCCAACCGACGCGCCCCGCCUCUCCGACUACGAGCGCAUCUCCCUGCUCGGCCAGGGCAACGGCGGCACCGUCUACAAGGCGCGCCACCGCCGCACGUCCCACCCCUACGCGCUCAAGCUCUUCACCGCCGAGGACCCCUCCGCCGCCCGCGAGGCCGAGAUCCUCAUCCUCGCAACCGGCGCGCCGCACGUCGUGCGCCUGCACGCCGUCAUCCCGUCCCCGUCCACGCACCAGCCCGCCGCGCUCGCCCUCGAGCUCCUCCCCGGCGGCUCCCUCUCCGGCCUCCUCCGCCGGCUCGGCCGCUCCAUGCCCGAGCGCCCCAUCGCCGCCGUCGCCCGCCAGGCCCUCCUCGGCCUCGACGCGCUGCACGCGCUCCGCGUCGUGCACCGCGACCUCAAGCCCGCCAACAUCCUCGUCGGCGCGGCCGGCGAGGUCAAGAUCGCGGAUUUCGGGGCGGGGAAGGUGCUCCGGCGCCGGCUCGACCCCUGCGCGUCCUACGUCGGCACCGCCGCCUACAUGUCCCCCGAGCGGUUCCACCCCGACGCCUACUCCGGCGACUACGACCCCUACGCCGCGGACGUCUGGAGCCUCGGCGUCGCCGUCCUCGAGCUCUACCUCGGCCACUUCCCGCUCCUCCCCGCCGGCCAGCGCCCCGACUGGUCCGCGCUCAUGUGCGCCAUCUGCUUCGGGGACGCGCCCGAGGCGCCCGCCGCCGCGUCCGAGGACUUCCGGGACUUCGUGGCAAGGUGCCUCGAGAAGAAGGCUGGGCAGCGCGCGUCCGUCGCAGAGCUGCUCUUGCACCCGUUCAUCGCCGGCCGGGACGCGGACGAGGCGCAGCGAUCCCUCGCCGCGCUCGUCGCCGAGGCGGCCGAGCUCGGCGACCAAUAGCCUGACUCUGGCCGCCGGCUAACUAGGACAGUUAAUUAAUUAUUAGGAGCCCAUCCAUCCUAGCUGAUGAUGUGUACAUAAUCUUCGCCACGGGGAGGAAGAAUAUCCUGGCCCAUGUGUGCGUUUUUCUUCUUCUUUUCCUGCCAUCCGAGGAUUCCUUCGUUUUUUUACUUGGUUUCUACGAUCGAUAAUUGCAACUUGCAAAAGGCAAUUUUGAGAAAGGAAAUCUUCUUCCUGAUGAGCUAUACAUAAGGGGUUAAUGGAAUGGUUAUCUCAA